AUGAGUGUCGACAGAUAUAGCCCCCUUCAUCCUAAAAUUGUACAUCAACUAAAGAGUACCAUUGAAGAACCAAUACAGCACAAUGAACCGAGAUUCAUCACAGUAUCGAAAAACUUCUAUAAUGCUUGCCUGAAAAUGAAUGAGACAGAAAAGACGGGUCGUCAUACAUUAAUAGAAAAAUUAAAAAAUUUGUGUGGCUGGCCUCUGCUUGAAGGAGACUCGUGGAAAGUACAAAAAUUUGAUUGGGAACAAGCAUCUUACAGUCUGGUGAAUGAGGGAUUGAUAACGGAUAGCUUCUUCGCCUUCAAUAUAGUCACAGAUUUUAAAGAUAGUACGAAAAAUGUUUUGGAGAUCGACCAACCAAUGCUCCGUUUUGAUCGCAAAGCUUUCGUCAAAGGGUUCAGUGACAAGUCCGUCAAAGACUAUUUUCAUAAUAUGGUUGACACCGCUGUAAAGUAUGGUGCGAAUAAAGAUAGAGCUGAAUCAGAAUUAAGGAGUGUUCUCGACUUCGAAAUAAACCUCGCUACUAUUACCCUGAGUGAUGAACAAAGGCGCAAUCAAGCAGCUCUCGAAAAUCUAAUGACAGUAAAAAACCUCACAACAACAUACCCGUUUGUUCACUGGAAGAAAUACUUCAACACAAUUCUCAAAUCGGCUUUCGUAAUUGGAGAUGAGGAAAUAAUAAAAGUGAGCGUGCCUACUUUUUUCGCAAAGCUUAGACCAUUGUUGAAAAAAACUCCAAAAAAGGUGCUGGCUAAUUACCUCGUUUGGCAAGUACUUGAAGGUCAAAUUCAAGGUUCAUUCUCUAAGGGAGAAUGCCUCGAUAUUACAUCCCAAUAUCUAUCUUUGAAUGCUGGGGCUAUAUAUGCCAGGAAAUACUUUACACCAGAAUCGAAGAAAAAUGCAGAAGAAUUAGCAGUCAGUAUUAAACAACAGUUCUCGAAAAUGCUAAAAAAGUUAAGUGGUACCAAAGUUGAAAGGAAAAACAUUGCAGACAAUGGAGGCGUAAAAAUGUCCUACUUAGCCUAUCAAGAUUGGGUAAAACGCCACGGCCCCGAACCCACAUUGCCUGGAUUAAAAUAUUCCCAAUCACAACUUUUUUGGAUUCAAGCAGCUAUGACACAAUGUGCGAAAUACACCCCAGAAUAUCUGAAAAAUUUCAGUGAUAGUCCCCAGGAAUUCAUCGAUGAAUUCGCAUUUCCAUCGGAAUUUAGAGCCACAGGUGUAUUUGCUAAUAUGCCAGAGUUCGCAACAGACUUCAGUUGUAAAGUGGGUACAAACAUGAAUCCAGCUCAGAAGUGUUCUGUGAAUACUGGUGCUGAUAUUUAA